GAAUCUGAUGCGGGUUUUUAUCCGUGAAAGCUGCCAUGUUAAGGCUGGACAGUCCAUAUCCGACUAUCUGUCCACUAGUUAUGUAGCUAGCAAAACGAGUUAGCCUCCGGUGCUGCAAACUCUUGAGAUUCGUCUUUUAUUGUUACUUAAAGUCGAUUAGUCAAUCUAGUUUGUAUUUUGAGGCAAACUCGCUGCUGAAGGCAAACAAGCUUAACCUUGUUAAGGCUGGCUGGCGUUAGCUUUUUCUUUUAUCUUAAAACGAAACUUAUCCUAUUUCAUUCAAGCCUGUGUUGUUACCGGACCACCACAGGGUGCAAUGCUACCACAACGAUAUUACUGGAUGGAAACAAUGCAGCGAAGCCUAGAGUGGGCAAGGGGUACGCUCUUGAAUGUUGCUUCAGCAGACGGCCUGAUAGCUUAAGUGUCCGAGUUCAUCGAGGAGAUUCGCACCUAUGGUCGGCCUGCACAACAAGCCAGUUCCGGUUACCAGGCUCCAUUGACUUGGACUGGAGCAAUGGGGGCUCCUCAUUAUCACAUCACCGGAGAGCAGCUGAGGUUUCUCAUGUCCUGUGCUUUCAGCCUCUCUCAGAUGGCUGAGAUUUUCCAUGUGUCCCGUUCCACAGUCAAACGGCGCCUACGGUCAAUUGUGCUUGGGGAAGGGCGUUUUUCAGACUUGUCAGACACUGCUCUGGACGAUAAGGUUAAGGACCUUGUGGCUGGGAAUGACAGAGUUGGACCGGAGUCCGUCCGAGCACAACUGAGGGCAGAGGGAAUCCGGGUGCAGAGACGCAGAGUGAGGGACAGUAUGGUUGGCGUUAACCCGAGGGCGGUUGCCCUCAGAGCCAUGUCGCAGAGGCUGCACAGAAGGUCCUACUGUGUCACUGGUCCAAAUUCUUUAUGGCACCUGGAUGGAAACCACAAACUGAUUAGGUGGAGGAUAGUCAUCCACGGUGGCAUUGAUGGCUACAGUCACCUUGUUGUGUUUCUCCGUGCUUCCAGCAACAAUCUCAGCAGUACUGUAAUGGAGUGCUUCAUAAAAGCAAUGACCAGAUAUGGUGUUCCGUCCAGGGUCAGAACAGACCACGGAGGAGAAAACAACGCUGUCUGUUUAUUCAUGAACAUUUUCCGAGGGUCUGGUAGAGGCAGUGCUUUGAGGGGAAGGAGCGCACACAAUCAGAGGAUUGAGAGACUGUGGCGUGGCCUGACCAAUGUCUACUACCAUCUGUUCAAUUUCCUUGAGAGUGAGGGGAUUGUGGACAUUGACAAUGAAAUGCAUGUCUGGGCUCUGCAUUGUGUAUCUCCCUAGAAUAAAUAGAGACAUGGCAGACUUCUGCAAGCAGUGGAACCACCAUGGUUUGAGGACUGAGAGGCACCAGUCCCCUCUGCAGAUCUUCGUUAGAACCUGCCUUGCACAACAGAGGCUACCUACUACUGCGAUGCAGGACCUCUUUGCUGCCACACCCACAGGAGGUGAAAGGGCAGACAGCACUGUACCCAGAGGUAUGGACGGGGCGGGGCGGCUCUGGGCGGCUCGGGGCGGAGCGGCUCAGGGCGGCAGGGACACCUGUUGUUCACUGGCCAGAGAGAGUGACCAUACCUCCAAACCAGUUUACUUUGGGAAAUGCUCUCAUGCAAGUACUUGCCGCACAAAUCAAUCCCCUCGGAGGCCUCAGAACAGCCCUUGGAAUGGACAUCCUGCAAGAGGUCAUUUCUUUCCUGGAGUCCUCAAAUGACCAAUAAGAUUUUGGACUUUCAGACAAGGAAUACGAAAUGAGAAUUAUAUUUGCACUGCCAGUUGCACUGCUACUUACUUUACUCUGUAAACGUUUUUUUUUUGCUUUUUGUCUUUUAUUGACCUUUUUUAUGUUUCAUCAACUGGUGCCAAGUUGUUGACCAGUGGUGCUAGUUGUGCACGAAAUAAAAUUCUUAACACUGCAGGCAACUACCAUCAUACUUGAUAACCACAGAAACGUAUUACAUGGUAUAUAGACUUAGACUGACAUCUACUGGACAAUUAGAACACAUUUUGCAAUUUGUGUUGCGGGCCCUGAAUUUCUAUUACACACUAAGUGUGUACGUGUAUAUACAGUGGGAAAAUGUGUCCAAACUUUUGACUAAUAAUAUGAAUGUAAGGGAUAAUGUAUAGAACGCCGGUCAUU